UCCACUUCAGAAUGGGGGGGACCCAGUUUUUUUCCCUCCUCUUCUUUUUUCCCUCUUUUUCUUGUCCCAUGGGGAUUUUCGGACUUUCGGGGUAACCGUGCGGUGACGUCAAUCGCUACUCUCCUGAUCAGCGUCCAGAGAUUUGACAGAAUAAAGAAUAUUUCGCCUUAUGUGCGUAAUAUGUCAGCUCUUAGGGAUGUGUCUUCUAGAAUUCCAUGUCGUAGCCUGUCGCGGAAGAGUUUUUCUCGCACUAGUCGCUUUGUUCACUUCGUGACAGUAUGCCUGAUUCGCUCUUAUUCUUAAAAUCAUGUAUGGUGGGGACAGUCCCCAGCAACCAACACAAUCAGAGCGCGGAUACAACAUCAACCAUCUUACGAAAUGUAAUUAUGCCGUCAGUCAUUACAGUGAUAAAAUCGCCAUUGCCACAGAACUGUCAUCACGUGAAGCAAAACCAUACUUAAAUCCUGUACAAGCGGUAUCAACCGCCACAUACGUCGGUCCGGAUCCUACAAAGGAACCACUCUAUAAACCGGAGUACAUAGUGUAUAAUGCACAUAGUACUCUAGAAAAUUUCAGCUAUUGCUCAGAGUCAUCCUUCAAUCCCAUAAAAAUCGCAUGAUCCAUGAUCGACG